UUUUUGCUUGUAACAAAGUUUGAUGUGCAUGGUUGAAAGAAAACAUAGCUCUUGGACAGAUUCUUAUUUGCAGCGCUGCAAAAGGAUAUUAGUGUUUGUAAAUUGUAAUUGGUAGGAAUACGCUGGAAAAGAAGUUCUACCACGGAGAAGAAACAAAAAUGCACGAAAAGAAGGUGCAGCGCCAUUAGGGGGAGUUCCAGAGGCAACGACGCGUGUUAACGUUGAAGAAUGCUCCUGCACCGUCGUUGUUUAAUGCUAUAAAUAAAGGUGGUCAGAGUCUCCCAGCGCAGGCCGCCGAGUUCCCCAAUUCAAGAAACGCCUCCUCUCUCCCUCCCUCUUCAUCAGUUCGUUCAGAGGCCUCCCUCCGCUUCUCUCCUUCACCAUUCUUGCCAUGGCUCUGGAUUCUGUUCCUACCUAUCUCAGCGACUUGGGAUCAUCCCACAGGGCUGCCAGAACCCAGCAGCAAAGGAUCAGGAAAGAUGAGCGCACUUGGACCUCGGACACUUACGCUCCGUAUGACGACGGGCACCAGUGGAGGAAGUAUGGCGAGAAGAAGCUCUCCAACUCCAACUUCCCAAGAUUCUAUUACAGAUGCACCUACAAGAACGAUAUGAAGUGCCCUGCCACAAAGCAAGUCCAACAGAAGGACACCAGCGAUCCUCCAUUGUUUUCCGUCACUUACUUCAACCAUCACACCUGCAGCACCAGCUCAAAUCCCAUGGGAAGCACGAGAGAUAUUGCUGCGCAAUCGUCGUCGAGGAAGGCGGUAUCAAUCUGCUUCAGCCCGCACACAGCCAGUGAGCAGCCUGCAUUCCUGACAUCCUCGGCAACGCCACAGUCCCCAAACAUACAUUCUUUCAGAGCCAAUCAACAACCAGAGAGGAGCCCCCAUGCAAGCCAGUUUCAGUGGACAACCGCAUCGUCACCUACAAGUAACGGUCCGCUUACGAUGGAGGUUGACAGUGUUUCAGGAGCAAGCAUUUCAUCCAGCAGCGGGGGUGCUCUGCCUAGGACAUUGUUGCCGAUUGGUCAGUCCAGAUGCAUCGAGUACUUCCAUUUCUUGUGAUGCUGUUCAUGGAAGAAGGUUAUAUAUGCUGGGAGGCCGCUUGGUGCCAGUUUGGAGCGUCAAGUGUUGGGAGGCAACAUUGUUAUCCCGGGCCUGAACCACAGGGACCCAACCUACAGACAGAUCCCCAUAUAGAUAUUACAGCCCUGCUGCUUACUUCUUUACAUUCAUAUUCAAGCCACGUUUUUGUGCUUGGAUGAUGUGGAGAAUGGUAUUGGAGUUCCUUUUGUUUGAUAGUACAUGAUACAGAAAAAGGGUUGUUGAGGAAGCUUUAUUUGUUUGUUUAGAGAUUAGACUAGUAUGCAUGUCUCAGAAUUGCUGAAUCCUGACAGCAGGGUCGCUUGGUCAUUCUGCUACUACUGAAACACUGAAUUUUACAUAU